AUGGGUGCCGAAGAACAGGCCGAAGAGCGCGAAGUCCUUGCCUCAAUAUACCCGGACGAGAUUCACGAAAUCUCGCCCACCGAAUUCCGCAUCUCCAUAGCUCUCGACACCGGAAGACAUGAGGAUGACGAAACAGAGGAUCCCGUUCUGAUCUUGAACGUCAAAUACCCAGAAGAAUACCCAGAUGUAGCUCCAGUCWUGGACAUCACACAACCACCAAAUGCCUCAAAGCAUGAGCAUCUCGACAUUCAAGAUGACAAGGACCGAUUGCUGGAGUCGCUGCAGGAGACGAUUGAGGAGAACUUGGGUAUCCAAAUGAUCUUCACACUCGUAAGUACGUUGAAAGAUGCGGCGGAACAGCUCAUGGCGGAGCGACAAUUGGCGGUGCAGGCAGAGUUAGAUGCGGCCAAGGCACAGGCGGAGGAAGAGGAGAACAGAAAGUUUGAGGGCGAGAAAGUCACAAGGGAGAGCUUCUUGAAAUGGAGUGAGGCAUACAAGAAGGAGCUAGAGGCUGAGAAGCAAAAAGCUGCCGAGUUGCAGGAGGCGGAGGACAAGAAGAAGCGUGGGCCGAAGGAGGAGAAGAAGCUGACAGGGCGGCAGCUUUGGGAGAUGGGCUUGGCUGGUAAGGUGAUGGACGAGGAGGACGAAGAAGGAGAAGACGUGGAUCUAGAGCGGAUGAAGGGCUUGAGUGUCGAGGGUUGA